UAGCAAUGCCUGUAGGGCGGACAGAAGGAUAAAGAAACUUUUCACUCAUCACAAACAGCUUGAAUUCCUAAAAACAUGUCUGCCCUGAGAAGGAAAUUUGGGGAAGAGUACCAUGUUGUGACAACCACUGUGGGAGGUGGAUUUUUCCCUUCUGUUAAAAGAAAACGGCAGAGGUUUGUAGACAAGAAUGGACGGUGCAAUGUUCAGCAUGGAAACCUGGGAGGAGAGUCCAGCAGAUACCUGUCCGACCUCUUCACCACCUUGGUGGACCUCAAAUGGAGAUGGAACCUGCUGAUCUUUAUUCUGACCUAUACCAUAGCGUGGCUGGUCAUGGCAUCAAUGUGGUGGAUUAUUGCUUAUAUCCGAGGGGACUUAAAUAGGGCUCAUGAUGAUGGUUACACUCCUUGUGUGGCCAACGUCUACAACUUCCCUUCUGCCUUCCUCUUCUUCAUAGAGACAGAAGCUACUAUUGGGUAUGGUUUCAGGUACAUCACUGAGAAAUGCCCUGAAGGCAUCAUUCUCUUCUUGUUCCAGUCUCUGCUGGGAUCUAUUGUGGAUGCAUUCCUCAUAGGAUGCAUGUUUAUAAAGAUGUCACAGCCCAAGAAGAGAGCAGAGACUUUGAUGUUCAGCCAGAAUGCUGUCAUCUCCCAGCGUGAUGGAAAAUUGUGCCUGAUGUUCAGGGUGGGCAACUUAAGGAACAGUCAUAUGGUCUCUGCACAGAUAAGGUGCAAGCUUAUCAAGUCAAGACAGACUCCAGAAGGUGAAUUCCUGCCACUCGACCAACGUGAGCUGGAUGUUGGAUUUGGCACUGGAGCUGACCAACUGUUCCUAGUUUCUCCACUUACCAUCUGUCAUGAAAUCAACCGUAGGAGUCCAUUCUUUGAUCUCUCACAGAAGUCACUGAGAAGUGAGCAGUUUGAAAUUGUUGUUAUUCUGGAAGGAAUUGUUGAAACUACAGGAAUGACCUGCCAGGCAAGAACAUCUUACACUGAAGAUGAAGUGCUGUGGGGACACAGAUUUCUCCCUGUCAUGUCGUUAGAAGAAGGCUUCUUUCGAGUGGAUUACUCCCAGUUCCAUGCUACAUUUGAAGUACCAACCCCAUAUUAUAGUGUAAAGGAACAGGAAGACAAAUUAUCCCCCAGUUCACCUCUAAAUUCCCUUUGUAGUGAAAAGUACAUCAGGGACAGGGUCUGCUCUUUAGACUACCUUAAUGUGUUUGAAGUAGGAAGCAGUAUACUUCCUACUAAACUUCAGAAACUCAAUCGGGGAAGUGACAAUGUCCAGGCAAAACUAUUACGAAUGUGUAGCAGUAACGUAGAGAGAGCUUGCAGUACUGGAGACCUUCCCUUGAAGAUCCAAAGGAUAACAGUGUCCACCUGUGAAGAGAAUACUCCACUAAAAUAUUUCAAGGUGAAACCCGAGAAUAUGACCCAGUCUACUGGUAACCUUCAGCUGCAGAAGAAAGCACAAGGAAUGAUGACCUUGGGAACAAUGCUUGAUGCCAAUCUACCUGCAAAGCUGCGUAAAAUGAAUUCUGGCUGUAUCAGCUAAAAAAAAGUUAAAAUGGAAGAGUAACAUGAGAUACUAUAUGGAAUAAUAAAUGGCCUUAAAUUUGUGACCAUUAGAGACAUUCACUGUUCCACAUUUUUGUCAUAAAAAACAUUAAGCAUUAAACAUGCAUUUAAAAGCUGUUGUCUUUUCAUUAAUAUGCAUGAAAUGCACAUACAAUGUGAAAAUGAGGGCAUGGAAUCUGUUUUUAGAACCAUUACAGUAUGUUCCAGAUCAGAAAAUUAACCAA